GGUUCAGCACCCCCACAGAAAAAGUGACAGUUCAGUUUUUUUUCGCGGAGGGAAAUAAAGUAAAAGAAAAGAUUAUUUUCUGUAAUUUCCACUUGAUCUAAAAAGUGGAAAUCCCCUGGAAAGUGUUACCAGUAGUCCGUAGAGUAGUCCUUGUGUGCAGUUAGUGUAUUUGUUUGGGGGGAAAAGUGCUUUUAUUGCGUGAAUUUCCUUGUCCCCAUCCCAUCUCUGCUGAUGACUUCACAGCUCCACCAAAAUUAUCUUACCAGCUAAAAUUGCUUCCAAUUUCAACAUCCUGUCCUCCGUGUUCGCACAAUCUCUCGCCUAAGGUGGAUUUGUCUUAUCGUCAUCGCACAGGGGAGAUUGCACAAGUACCCUGUGAGCUGUGAAAGAGACUCACAUUCGUGGGUGGCAUUGUCCGGGAGUGCUGGGAGGGUCCGUGUGUGUGUGUGCGCGCGGAGGAGGGUGGAAAAUGAAAAAGUGUCCUUGUCAGUGCAGUGAGAGAGUGUGAAAAACUCCAAGCUGGCGGCCAACGUGCAGGGAAUGAUGAAGAAGCAGUUCAACAAGCUCAAACUCAAUCACUUCUCAAGAUGGAAUAAAUCAGACAAGAGCACCGAUGACCUUGCCAAGGCGGAAAAGCAUGUGGAGAGAUUUAAGGAUGUCUUGGAGAAGAUUACCAAGAAGCUCUCCACGUCCAAUCUGGGCCAGGAGUCGGAUAAGGAGAAGCGACUGAAGAAGGUGCAUGAAUACCGUUUAUCCCUGGCAAUGGAGGAGUCCGUUAAGGAUCUCCCAGAUGGAUUGCUAAAGGAUGUUCUGGAGCACUGUGCCAAAUUGGAGAAAACAAUCGCCCAGGAGAUUCUAAAUCAUGAAACAAAUAUCGAGAGUGAGGUGACAAAGCGCCUCAAUGUGAUUUUGGAGACGAAUUUGUCGUCAAUUCAGAAGCACAAGAGGAAUGUGACAAAAUUAACGCAAGAGAAUGAAUCGGCAAAGAAUAAAUUGCGAAUGAAUGAUAAUAAUGCAAAGACGAGUCAACUGGCGGAGGAUGUGGCCGAAUGUGAGGCAAAAUUGGACAAAGAGCGAGACAUCUGGGCAGCAGAGAUGUUUGAAUUGAUUGCCGAGGAGGAGAACAUUACCAGCUGUAUCAUAAACUACGUUAAAUAUCAACAAUUGUGCUACAAAUCUGCCCUCAAGGAGAUUGAGCAAGUUUUGGAAGAUGUUAAUGGAUUUAUAAAAGACAACAACAAGCGGAUGUUCAGGGUACCGCUAGAAGAUCACUUAAUGGCGACAAAUCGAACAAUUUCCUACGUGAUUGAGCUGUGUGUCUGUGCAUUACUCGAGAAGGGGCUCUACGAGGAGGGGCUACUCCGUGUGGGAUGCACUAAUACAAAAUUGAAGCGAAUGCGUUCCGCGAUAGACGCCCACGUAAUUGGUCCGCAUCUUCCGCGUGAAUAUCAGGAUGUUCACGUCAUUGCGGGCGUCUUGAAGUCCUACCUGCGCGAUCUUCCGGAUCCCCUGUUGACGUUUCGUUUGUACAAUGAAUUCGUGGCGGCGGCACAACGGCCAACGGAGGCACAGCGAAAGAGUGCAAUUCUCAAUGCGAUCAAUCAACUGCCCGAGGGGCAUUACUACAAUUUGCGCUAUCUCACCAAAUUUCUCUCGUGUCUGGCACAGAAGAAUGCCCACAAUAAGAUGUCAUCGCAGAAUAUUGCGAUUGUCAUGUCGCCGAAUUUGCUGUGGGCGAGAGAGAGUGAUGACACAGACUAUGCACAGAAUAUGAAUAGUACAGCGGCUGUGAAUAUAAUUGUGGAGUUGCUUGUGUCCGAUUGGAAUUUCUUCUUUGAUGGUGAUUUUGAUUUUUACCUUACAAUGUCAAAAGAUGACCUCUUUCCGGAGAAUAGUGGUGCAUCCGGUGAUCGAGAGCCCCCGGCUUCGACUCUUUUAAACUCAGGUAUGGAUAGCAUGUCCAAGUCAAUGAAUGCAGCAUCACUGGCAGCAGCAGCAGCAACAGCGAAUGCCAAUAAUGUGGGUGGCAGUACGGGUCACUAUCAGUCACAUUCACGCAGCAGCAGUCACGAUACUAGUCUAAUAUUGUUAGGUGAUCAAGUGAAGCGGAGUCAGUCAAAUAGUUCGCUGUCCGAUCAAUCGAGUCCACCCCAGGGGAGCCCUAAAUUGCCAAUGCGUCGGCGGCACAAUAAGCCGCGAGCCCCAACGCCGCCGGAUAUGCGUGGGGAGCGUCCGCGUACGGAGAAGGUGAGUGAGGAGAGUAAUAAUCACCAAAGGAGUCGCAAGGAGACAUCAUCGCAGACCCCACCGUCGGCGGUGAAGAGUCGCGAACGUGGUAGUGUGGAGAAUCUCGCAAAACCCGAGAAACCACCGCGACCUGUGAUGUCGGCAGAGUGUCAGACACUCAAUCGGAUGGCGUACAAGUGUGCCAAGGCGGGCACAGUGACGGGGGUGACACCACAGAAGCCCGUUGCCCUGCCCAGGACGAGUGUUGCACCAAAGAAUGGGAGCACCGAGGGGGCCAGGAGUAAGAGUAGCGAUGAGGAUGAUGUUGUGAUUAGGCCAAAUAGUCAGGGUGAGAAGCCCGCCAUACCCGAGAGACCAGCAACUCUAAUGCGACCAAUUAGCUACAAAGGAUCCCUUCAGGAGGUCAACCAGAUACCCGCGGGGAUCCCGAGUAGUGUGGGUGAUGUGAAGAAGGCACAGAGCUUCCGUUUGAGCACUGGGAACACCAAUAAGGAUCCCAAUACACCGACUGUUCUCGAGAGGACGCAUAUCUACAAUGUGGAUAAGCAACAGGUUGCAAUAAUUGAUGUUUGUGGGGAUGGGACGAACAAUGGGAGGCAUUUGAAGGCUGAAAAAGCCGAAGUGGAGCCUGAUUUGGUAACACCAACGGACACAGCAGAUGUUGGAGCUGUUCCACCAUCUCCGCGUGGGGAUCAACAAAAGAUAAAACGUCCACAGAUCCCAGCACCGCCGCCGCCAUCAUCAAAUGUUCGAACAAGCAUUGCUGCUGCCGAUUCGACGAAUUUAUAACAAGAACUCCUCAUUUAAUUCUUCAUUCCUUCCAUUGGGAAAAAAAACUAAAUAAGAUCAAGGAAGGAUAAUCAGUCAAAGUCUAGCUCGGUGCUAGAAUAAAAUAUUAUGUAUAUCUCUCUGCUCCGCUGGAGCAAACCAGGCAAAUUGCAGAGAGAUAAGCUACAAUAUCGCUUAAGAAGUGCGCCCAUCUGUGAAAUGUUGUCUCAAAGCGACUGCGUAAGUGAUUUUUUUUUCUUUAAGUUUAUCAUGUUUUUUUUUUACAUUCACUAGCAUUUAGGAAUGUUAUUCAGAGAAAGGUAGGGAGGAAGGGGUAGAAGAAGAAAGUUAAUUUUUUUGUAAAGAAAAAAUCAGUGUACAAAAUUUGUGAGCAUUAUCAUGGUCAAAUGUGUUAUCACACCAAAUAAUUGCGAUACUUGUUUUGUUUGUUUCACCGCAAUGGGAGUUACAGGAAAUAUUUUCAAUUUUUACACGCCAUUUCCUGGCUCACAUUGUUUUCUUUCUUUCUUUUUCUUUGAGAAAACUAAAAGAAAUUUUUUCCCUCACUCGCCAAUACGGAGAAAGGCAAGAUUUUUGUGCAGCUACCGUAAGAAAGAAGAAGCUUUUAAGAAGAAGAAAAAUUGAAGAUUAUCUCUCUUCUGCGAUUAAAGAAAAAGCUUUCUUUUUGGGCGAAAAGAGGGAGAUUAGGAGCUAAAAUAAAAGGAAUUUUUAUAGAUGAAAAAAAAAUAUAACACUUUAACAAAUUAAUCAAAUUACACAAAACACAUUACAAUUUUUCCUAUUAAUAUUUACCUCUGCAAUGAUAAUAAAAACAAAUAUUAUAUAAUAAAUAAAGAAAUAUUCUGCAUUUUGUAAGAAAAGAUUAAACAAAAAAGUGAUUUCUUAGAAAGAUUUCCCAGUAAAACUUUCUCUCAAUUUAUAUUAUCUUGUAUAGCCAAUACAUAUAGAGAAAAUUUCUUCAGAAAUA